AUGGCCGAAUUCAUGGCUAAGUUAAAAGGGCCGGAACCAUCAGUACCAAAAGAGAAGUCUAUUUCCAAACCUCAUUCUAGAACUGAAAAGACUCACUAUUCUACAAAUAAGAGUGAGCAAAGUGUCAAGAACAUUGUCAACACUGAGCAUCACAACUCUAAGGAUGGGUACACAUAUAAGUAUUUCGCCUCAUGUAAGCCCCGUGACUUUACGGGCGAAAAGGGAGCCAUAGAUGCUUUAAAAUGGCUUAACGAGAUGGAGACUAGGAUCAACAUGAGCAGUUGUGCUAUCAAAGACACUAUCAAGUAUGUGUCCCAAUCCUUCAAGGAGGAUGCAUUGACCUGGUGGAAGGCACUGAUCCAAUCCACGGGUAAGGUUGCACUAUACAACCUGAGUUGGCCCAAAUUCGUGGAACUGAUCCCCGAAACUUACUGCCCGCCUCAUGAGGUGGAGAAAGUUGAAUCUAACUUUCUCAAACUGACAAUGAAGAAUCUCAACUGCCGAGCUUAUGUAUCUGAUUACAACUCCCUUUCAAGACUCGUACCGUAUCUGAUUACCCCCGAGUCGAAGCACAUUGCGCGAUUCAUUGGAGGACUUGCUCUAGAAAUCAAGGGGAUGGUUAAUUCCUCUAAACCUACGACGAUUAGAUCAGUUGUGGAUCUAGCAUUAUCUCUCACCGAGGAUGAGAAACGAGUGAGAGCGGCCAAUGGCGAGAACAAGAGGAAACGUGAUGACACUCCUGUCAGGGAUUCCAAGAAGGGCAAGACUGGUUCGAACUAUAACUAG